CGCUCCGCACCGCUCCGCCCGAUGCGGGACGGGGGCGGCGGCCGCGCGGCUCUGCGCUGAGCCCCGGGAAGGCGCGGUGGGAUGCGCGGCCCCCGGCUGCCGGCGCUGCCCGCCCUGCUCUGGCUCGCCUUAGCCCCGCUACCCGGCCCCGCUGCCAGGGCUGAGCUGCGGGUGCGGGUGCGGCUGCCCGGCGGGCAGGUGACGGAGGAGAGCCUGCAAGCGGACAGCGGUUCCGACUGCAUCAGCCUGGAGCUGCGGAAAACCGACGGGGCGCUCAUCGGUCUCACCGCCGACUUCAGACAGGAGGUGAAAAUCUUCCGUGCCUUAAUCCUGGGGGAGCUGGAGAGGGGCCAGAGCCAGUUCCAAGCACUCUGCUUUGUCACACGGCUCCACCGCAACGAGAUCAUCCCCAGUGAGUCCAUGGCCAAGCUACGACAGAAGAACCCCAGGACGGUGCGGCAGGCAGAGGAGGUGCGGGGCCUGGAGCAUCUCAGCAUGGACGUAGCUGUCAACUUCAGCAAAGGGGCCCAGCUGAGCUCUCACAUCCACAACGUCUGCGCAGAGGCCAAAGAAGCAAUUUAUACCCGAGAAGAAGAUGUCAAAUUUUGGCUGGAGAAAGGGAUGGACGGCUCCAUGUUCGAGGUCCUGCCACAGACAUCUGACCUGCCCGACCUGCAGCGCUGCAAGCUGUGCACGGACCGCUGGAAGCCGUGCAUCUGCAGCUACUCGCUGAGCAUCGAGUGGUACCCGUGCAUGCUCAAGUACUGCAAGAGUCGUGAUGCUGCAGGCAAGGUUUCUUCCUACAAAUGCGGCAUCCGCAGCUGCCAGAAGGGCUACACCUUUGAUUACUACGUGCCGCAGAAGCAGCUCUGUCUCUGGGAUGAGGAGACCUAGCAGAGCUGGGCCAGGCCUCGUCAAGGAGUGGCUCGUCUGCCCUCCUGCUUGCAGUGCUGAGGGCCUCCUGGAGCUGGCUGCUCUGAAGAAGGAAUUUGGUUUGCAGCGAUGCCUUGUGCCAGGAGAGCUCUGUGAACGUGCCUUUCUUUUGGCCCCCUGUGCCCCCAUCCUGAUGCUGCCUCGUGCUGUGAUCAGCAGGUGAUGCUGUCCUGCACGGCUUGCUGGCCUGAAGCAGCAGGAGGGCUGUGCCUUGCCCUGCUCUGGAGGUGUGAAGGGGUCAGUUGCGAGCACCACGGCUGCUUUGGGGCAGGGGGAGAAGCCAUCCCACAGAGCUGGAUUGUCCAACAUUUCAGCCCUUUGCUGACUUUGCCACCUCCUGGUGAUGUGACAGCAUUUCCCAAUGGGAAAACAGCUGAGUUAUGGGACCACAAACCCUGAAUAAGGAAGGUAUGAAGCCCACCCAAAGCCUACCUGUAGCUUUCCUAGCAUCCAACCGCCUGCCAUGUCCUUCCUGUGGCUAUGAGGUGCUAUGGGGGGAUGUAUCCCAGCAAUUAUUUCCACCCCAAAGGGCUGGUAAUGAGGGCUCUAACUCACCCCCACUUAGACUAGUGAAGGCCCAACUUUUUGUGUUGGUUCCGUGCCUCACCCACUGAGCAAGAAACAUCCAGAAAUGUGUGACUGCCAUCCUAACAGUGCACUAUAAGGCAGGGGUGAUCCCAGAUGGGCAUUUCAGACAGGGGAAAACAACAUUCUGCAUCUACGCCCAGCCUUGCAUCCUACUUCACAAGGAGCUCUUAGGCAGCCCGUGCUGCUUUGCUGUGCCUUGGUUUGCCCUGUGUGUGAGCAUGGAUGGUGCCAGAGCCAACCAUACACCUGGAGGGCAUUGGACAUAAAGUGCUGCAGAGCGCUGUGAGUUCUUCCACUCGACUCAGAACAAGCAGGGAGAAGACAGGGGCUCUUGGGGCUAUAGGGAAGCCCCGUGCCUCCUGGUGAGAAGCCUUUGAUCGUGUGCCUUUUUGCCUAAAAUCCAGGAUUUUUUUUUGACAAAAAAAAAGAAAAAAAGCAAAAAAAAAAAUUGGUCACAAUUAUUUUUGUAUUGAUUACUUAAAGGGGAGGGGAGGGAGAGAAGGGAAAGGUAUUUUAAUACUGCAACAUGAAGUAAGAUACACUUGAAUGAUUUUUUUGUUUUAAAGAGAAAAGCAAUCCGAUUAUUUAUCAUUUGUAAGGUACAAUAAACUGAUUUUAUUUUUUUU